AUGGCGCUUCCUAACCCGGUUGUCGACGAUCCGGCAGUCGCCAGUCCCGCUUUGCCUGCUGUGAGUGGUGCUGCGGUACCAGUUACAUUUCAUUUCGAGCCAUUCAAUCCUGCUUCAUCGAAAUUUGACCGAUGGUUAAAUCGACUACAAAUUUCAUUCCGGAUUUACCACGUGCGUGAAGCCGAUAAACGCGAUUUUCUGCUACACUACAUGGGCGGCCCUACAUACGAUGUGCUGUGCAAUAAGCUGAAAAAUGCUGAGCCACAUACAAAAACGUACGACGAGAUUGUAGCUCUACUGAAGGAACAUUACAGUCCUACUCCUUUGGAAAUACUGGAGAAUUUCAAGUUCGCGAGCCGUAAACAGCUAGAGCAAGAAACUCUAAGCGAUUACCUGAUGCAUUUGGAGAAGCUCGCCCAAACAUGCAAUUUCGGGGACUACAUGGACAAGGCCCUCCGGAACCAGUUCGUUUUUGGCAUCCAGAACCGUGUGAUACAGUCUCGAUUGCUGGAAGUGCGCGACUUAACCUUGACAAAGGCAAAGGAGAUCGCAUUCGGAAUGGAAAUGUCUCAUCGUGGAACCGAUGAAAUGCACAACUCACGUCAAAAAAGUGAGGUUCAGCACAUCGAGCAUGGAGCAAACAAAACUAAAAAAAGUUUCCAGUCAUCGAGCCAAGCCAGUUCCAGUCAAAGUUCCGGUCGCCUGUCGAACAAGCAGAAUGGUGGAAAUAAACGAUGUUAUCGUUGCGGGGAUCCUGACCACUACGCAGACAAAUGCAAACAUAAAGCUACGAUCUGCAAAUACUGCAAGAAAGCGGGGCAUCUUGAGAGGAUGUGUCUCACCAAGACCAAUGAGAAGGGGACGGAUGACGCACAUCACCUGGAGGAGCAGCCGUGUGUUAUGAAGGAUGUGUUACACCUGAACGCGAUCCAAGGUAUUGCUGGGUCAGCGGACUUGCCGGUGGACCAAAGGUUGCGUCGUUCUCUGCGGACCAUCAAGCCUCCGCAAAGGCUCAACCUAUAA